UAUGUCCAAAUUUAAUAGAGACUAAUAGUAAUAAUUCUCAAUAAUAUCAAUUGUAUACACCAAACAAAAAGUCAUCUUCCAAAGAAGAAAAAAAAAAAAUAUAUCAAAGAUUGAAGCUUUGAGGUCCUCCAACAAUGGCGGAGGAGGAGAAAGAGAAGAGCCAAAAUCUCUAUUACUGGGGAGGAGACAUAGAAGAACAAGAUUACUACACCCAACAAGGAAUCAAAGGCUCAUCUUCCUUCUUCACUUCCCCAAGAGGCCUCAAACUCUUCACUCGUUCAUGGCUUCCCCAAAACCCUAACAACCCUCCUCGUGCCCUAAUCUUCAUGAUCCAUGGCUACGGAAACGACAUAAGCUGGACCUUCCAAGCCACGCCGAUCUUCCUCGCUCAAAACGGCUACGCAUGCUUCGCUCUCGAUCUCCAAGGCCACGGCAGAUCCGACGGUCUCAAAGCCUUCGUUCCCUCCGUCGAUCUAGUCGUCGAAGAUUGCCUCUCAUUCUUCAAUUUCAUCAAAAAUCAAAACUCCCAAUUUCAAAAAUUAGGGUUUGAAAAAAUCCCUAAUUUUCUCUUCGGAGAAUCCAUGGGAGGAGCAAUUUCUCUCUUAAUUCACCUCUCUGAUCAGAAAGGCUUCGACGGCGCCGUUUUGGUCGCACCCAUGUGUAGAAUUAGCGAGAAAUUGAAACCAAGAUGGCCAAUUCCUCAAAUUCUGACUCAAUUUGCUAAAUUUUUCCCAACCCUAGCUGUGGUACCGACUGAGGAUUUGAUGCCCAAAUCAGUUAGGGUUGAGGAGAAGAAAUUGGUGGCUGAUCGGAAUCCGAUGAGAUAUAGAGGAAAGCCUAGGCUUGGAACAGUUGUGGAGCUUUUGAGAGUGACUGAGUAUUUGAGCUUGAGACUGAAGGAAGUGAAGAUUCCAUUAAUGGUGGUUCAUGGUAGUGGUGAUGUGGUGACUGACCCUCAGGUGAGUUUAGCAUUGGUUGAAGAAGCUAAGAGUGAAGAUAAGUGUAUAAAGAUAUAUGAUGGUAUGAUGCAUUCAUUGUUGUUUGGUGAAAGUGAUGAGAAUGUUGAGAUUGUUAGGAAUGAUAUUCUUUCUUGGCUUAAUCAUAGGUCUAAGAAUGAUAAUGAUUCAUCUUCAUCAUCAAUCAUAAUUGAUUGAUUGAUUGAAUUAGUUAAUUAUCUAAAAUGGGUUUGGUUGAUCAAUAUCAAAGUUUGAUUCUUUGUUGUUUUUUUGAUCAAUUACAUUAUGUGUAUAUUGUUGUGUUUAUAGGGGUUUGAGAUUUUGAUUGCUAUAAAUGAAUAUUCUUUUUUGGUUGAAUUGAA